AUGCCUUCUUGUCCCGGGACAAUGCCGCUCUCGGUCAGCCUCUCCUUGGGCUUUCAUCGGCCGCGCAUCAAAGUGGACGCUCUGCAUAUGAAAGGGUCCUCCGUCUUUAUGCCACGCAAAUUAGCCUAUCGCCGCCCCUCCCCGACAAUGCGACAAAAACAAGCCUCACAUCUGUGGCAGGGCCGCCGAUCCCGGGCCUGUGUUUCCCCUGCUGCCCACUCACUCAGCUCAGGGGGCUCAGGGGGAGAGGUGACAUCAAAGAGGGGACAGGGGUGGAUGCUGAUGGGGAAAGAUGGAUAA